GGGAAGGUGGUUUGUGGGGUGAGUAGUUUGUAGCGAGUGGAGGUGUUGUGAAGAGGUUUGGGCAAGCUCAGCCGCUGGGUGGUUUUGUGUAUUUCAGAGUUGCAACUGCCCUUCAAGUCUAGGGAGCACUAAGCUGCUCCCUCUACAGCUCCCAGAGAUGCCAGAGGGCCCUUUAGUGAGGAAGUUCCAGCUGCUGACCUCCCCUUUUGUAGGGCAAGUGGUGUCCAAGGUGGGGGGAAGCACACGGAAGAUCAAUAGGAACGACCUGAAUGCCCUGAGGCUCCAGGACUGCCAGGUUCAUGGGAAGAAAUUGUACCUGGCAUUCGUGGCAGCUGAAAGUCCCUUAGCGCCAGCUGCAGGAGAGACAGCGCUGCAAACGGAGGCUGCUAGCGAGGCAAGUUCUUCUGGCUAUGGAGGGCAAGAAGGGGAUUGUGCUCCACAGACACAGCUCCAGGAUGAGGACCUGCAGGAACUCCAGCACACUGGGUCUGAGGUCCUAGAUGCAGCAGAGGGUGUGAGCCACUGGCUGCGGUUCCACUUUGGCUUGUUCGGCAGCGUUCGGGCAAAUGAGCUCUCCAGAGCAACAAAAGCCAACAAGAGGGGGGACUGGAAGGACCCCAUACCCAGACUGGUUCUGCACUUUGAGAAGGGAGGGUUCCUUGCUUUCUACAACUGCUGGAUGUACUGGUGCUCCUCUCCCAGGGCUGAUCCUGCUUCCGACAUCCUGUCUGGGGAGUUCCACCGUGGCCAGGCAUUGGAUGCUCUCCGUGCACCCCGUCCCAUCUGCUACAUCCUCUUAGACCAAAGACAUUUUUCAGGGUUAGGAAACAUCAUUAAGAAUGAGAUCCUGUACCUGGCCAAGAUCCAUCCAUUAACACCAGGCUCUCUCUUGGCUCGCUCCGACCUGGAGCGCCUGCUUGACUAUGCCAUUCAGUUCAGCUCUGACUGGCUGCGCGGCAAACUCUGCGGCCAGAGGCUGCACCACCACAUCUACCUGAAGAAGCAGUGUCCCCUCGGGCAUGCAGUGAUGAAGGAAGCCUUUGGACCCUCAGAUGGCUUUAAGAGGCUUACAUGGUGGUGCCCUCAGUGCCAGCCUGUGCUGCUGUCGGGGGAUGGGGAUUCCCCUCUCAUCGAGUGACCUGGCUUUCUAUGUUCAUCUGCUUCUGGAGGAUAUCUGGGUGGUCUCUCAACUAUGCUCUUAGUAGUCCCAAGGGGAUCUUCAUGGUUUCUUUGUUGAGUUUGUUUUGUUGGUACAGUGAGUUGAUGGAGUUAUGUGCUCAGUGGAGGUUACAGGAAUCCUUGAAGUGCUCUGUGCCUCUGGAUGCAACAAGCACUGUGACAACAGUGUAAAUAGUUUGACCAUUCCUGAGGUGCCUCGAUCCUCCUGUGCAGAGUAGUGAAUUGGAAGUGUAAGGGGUUGAAAUGACCCUGUCCCUUGACCCUGGUAUGGAUGCAAUGGCUUAUGAUGGAGUUAGCAAAAAGGAACAUAUCCCUCUGCCUCAACAUGCCCAUGAACUCAGUAUUGGGUAAUCCUGCUUCAACUUGCAGCCCAGGACCUGUGUGCAGCACUGUCAUUAGGCGUGGCUAGAAAUGGGAGGCUGUUCCAUCUGUCAGCACAGAUGCCUCCUUCCAAAGGGACAAAAUAAAUCUUAGCUGUGCAUGGCAGAACUUGUCUCUGCACCCACAGGUGUUAGGUUUGUGGCAGAGUGACAGUUCCAUUCUUGCUGUGAAAAUAAACCCUUACCAUUAAAA